AUGCAGACCCUGAGGCAGGAGGCUGCCCGGCCCUACGUCCCCUGGGGGACCCUGGAAGUGAACCUUCCCACCCCCGCCCUCAGCAAUGACAACCUGUCCCAGGAGGGGCCCCACCAGACGCCGGCCAUGAAGCAGGAGAUGUGCUGGAAGUACACACCCAUGGGACGCGACGCGGCCGGUCAGCUGUGGUACAUGGGCCUGGCCAACUCGGACUCCCGAGAAGCCUGGAACAUGCUCUCUCAGACUCUGGACAGCCCGCACUUCGAGGCUUAUGCCCGCAGGCACGGAUGCCACAGCCCCUGGGAGCGCAGCAUGCCCAGCGUGCCCUCGACCUACACCCAGCGUCUCCGGGAGACCGCCUGGUACGACCCCAUCAUCCCUGCGCAGUACAGGGACCCCCGCGCGCAGUACGGGAGCGUGCUGUGGACAGACAGACCCAUCCGGGACGAGGAGUACGUGAUCCACAGGCACCAAUUUGGGGUCAAGCCGCUGUGGCAGGCGUGUGACUACGUGCCAUACCUGUCGGCGCCCGAGUGCCCGCGCUACACCACCCAGAACUACCGGCAGUGGGACCUGGAACUCUGCUGCCCCUCCACCAACCAGCAGCCCCCACGCGUCUACACGCCCAGUCACUGA